AUGGUGGUGUGCUUUAAGUGCAAGGGCCAGCCCGGCGUGGUGUGCAGCCGCGACGGCGCCAGCAAGCCGUACUGCAGCGGUUGCUUCCUCGAGUUCUGCACACGGUUGAUGCGGGACUGUCUCUUCAGGCACUGCGGCGUACCGUGCGGGGAGCCGCUCGCGGUGGCGGUGUCGGGCGGCCACAGCUCUAUGGCGUUGCUGCACCAGCUGGGCGUGCUGCGCGCGCAGAACCGCACACGCCCGGGCGGUGGUCGCGUUGACUUCGAGUUUCUGCCGCUGCACCUGCGAGAGGAUGAACUCGUUAUUCCGCCGCAGCGUUGCGAUGCGCAGCAGCAGCAGGCGGAGCUGCAACGCGUAGUGGCUACCAUGACAGAGCAGUUUGACAGAUUGGAGGCGAUGAUACGCACACAGUGCACGCAGUGGGAGUUCGCCAGUGCCCCACUCUUCACUGAGGAGGAAGUGUGCGUUGUGCGCUACAGCGACUACUUGUCCGAGGCGGAGCUGCAGUCAUUCCACGCGCUUCUGCAUCACCCCCGUCUGUCGCUGUCGGACCGCGAGCUGCUGCACACGCGUCUCCGGCAGCGUGUGCUGUCGGUUGCUGCGGCCGAUCGCAUCAAUGCGUGGAAGCAAGAGCGACGCAGGAGCGGCGGCUGGCAUCACCUGCUGGUGGGAGAAAAUGCGCUGCGCUGUUGCACAACGGCGUUCCGAGAAGUUAUGAGUGGCGCGGGCGCGAACGUCGUUCACCAUGGCGGCUUUCGAGGUUUUGUCAAUCAAUGCCUUGUGCUGCGGCCGCUGCGCACACUGCUACCGCGCGAGCUGGUGCAGUACUGCCACCUGCAGGAGAUAUGGGGUGGCUAUACCCCAGCGCUGUGCACCUGCACGAGCCUGCGCUCCAUCAAUCGCACGCUGGAAGCUUUCUUCAACAAUAUGAUGCGCUCAUACCGCACAUCCGUCUUUAACGUGUUGAACACCAUCGCGAAACUCGACGUUGAGACGGCGUCGGAGCCCACGGACGUAGACCUGCAGUUGGGAGCAACAGCGCAGCAAGCGAAACGGGUGAUCCCUGGCAAGACGGCACAGCACCACUACAAGCACCUGCAGGCUACGUCCCCACCACGCUACUCUUGGCGACUUAAGGAUGAGACGUGCCCCGCAGCACAGAGUGCUGGUGAGAGCCCAAAACAAUUGUGUCUGCUGUGUGGCUGUCUUAUUGCUGUGGCUGAGGAGCAAAUCGUCACACUGCAGGCGCAGCAGAGGUUUCUUUGUGAUGCCUGUCUUCGUUUCUGUGAAGGCCUUCCAGAGGAACUGGCCUCUGUUGCGGCUAUGCCCGCCAGCCCAGGUGGUCUCAGCAGCACUGACAGCGAUGUGGGGCAGCGAGUGGCAACACUGACGGAGAAUGGCUCCUUCAAUGCCUUCUCAUCUCUGGCCAUGCGGAUGGAGUUGCUGUUGGAGGACGCCGACGCACUUUGGAGAGUAGGAGAUGAAGGGAUGGGCGUAGUGGAGACACGGCAUGUGCGGCGGCGUCUCAGCGCGGAGGAUGAAAAAGCCUUCAUUCUGCAGGACGAUGAUAAGGAGGAGGGCGAUGUUGAUGGGGCUGAAGAGGGGAUUGGCUUUAAUGCUACCGCUGCUGUUGUUGCGCACAAGUAG